GGCGGGCGUCGCAGCCAGUCGCGUCGGCGCGCCCGUGCCUCGAGCACAGCCGGAGCCGCCGUCUCUCGCUGCCUCGCACGGCUCCGGCCUCGUCGGGCAGCUAUCAGGGCCUGGCUCAGGUGGAGCAGCCAGAAGCACAGCCACGCCAUCAACGCGUCGCAAAGCAGUCUCGCAACGCGCAGCACCAGCGAGAGACACAUGGCUGCCCAGACAAACGCCGCCGACGUGAAAGCCCAGCUCGCCGAGACGCUCGGGCGGUGCCGCGCGACGCUGUCCCAGACGGAGAAGACCCUCGAGCGAUUAGAAGAUGAGGUGCCGCCGGACGGGUGCAUCGUGCCGGUCGUGCACACGCCCGACUGCAUGUUCGACUCUAUAGCCCGUCUGGCGCGCCUCGAUGCGAACACGACGUUCCUGGACCUGGGCUGCGGGGAUGGGCGGGUCGUCGACGGCGUGACGACGAUCGCGGGCUGCCGCGGUAUUGGUGUCGAUAUUAGGAUGGAGUGCGUCGAGGCGGCGAGAGAGCGCUUUCCGGAGCGCGCGUUCCACCAGGCGGACUUCUGCGCCAUGGUCGAGGGCGCGGGGCCGCCUCCCAUUGGUUUGGAGGGCGUCGACGCGUGCUACGCUCAUUUAUUACCGACGACGUUCGCCGUGCUCGACAAACGGCUGUUAGAGGCGGUGCAGCGGGGCCUGCGCCUCGUGACCUUCUGCUCGCACCCGUCGGGCGCGGCCUGGGACGCCUGCCAGACGGGCUCCGAUUGUUUCGGCAUGGUGCGGUUGUACGAGGCUAGUGAUGAUCCUACGCGGGGGCGCCUGCCGGGCGGCGUCGGGGCCGUGCUGAGGCCUCCGGCGGGAGGUGGUGAUGGGGUAAGUUGAAAGUUUUGUGA